UUUUGAAGUGAUAAAUUGAUUUCUGAAGAGAUUAUUUGAUAUCCUUUCAUCCUUUCCAUAUAUGAGAUCCGGAUCCAGAUCCAGGUCACGAACAUAUCUUUAGCAUUUCAGGUGUAAACAGUUAAAUCUAUACAAACUAGUUUUCUCUCACGGAUCUCAUCUUGUAUCUAUAGCGUUGUCAACUCCCGGACGGAUCUUACAGGAAGCAGAAGAAAGGAUAUGAAGAGGUGUAUGUCCCUGCUCUUAAACCUGAACCGUUUGGUGCUGACAAGCAAUUGAGAGGCUACCAGCAUCACCCAGCCCGCCUUCGAGGGAUUUAAGGCUCUUAUUAAAAUACAGUCCAGGCGCUACAAAGCCUGUAUAGAGUCUGACGAGAACCUGCUGUUUUGGCGCUGCUGACAAUGCUCCAUGAGAUCGGGAAGCAUGUGAACAAGGAUGGGAGCAUCAACGCAGAUAAUUUUAAUAUUAUCUAUAUUGCGCCUAUGCGGUCUCUAGUACUGGAGAUGACAGGAAACUUCGGGAAACGUCUGGCAAAAUAUAACAUUACGGUUUCUGAACUGACAGAGAAUAAUCAGUUGACCAAGGAGCAGACUGCAAAGGGGAGGGGGGAAGAACCUACACUCAACUCGUCAAACUCAUCAUCUUUGACGAAAUCCAUCUUAUUCAUGACGAGCGUGGUCCUGUAUUGAAGACU